CGUAGCUGAAACCUCUUCCUUAUCCGGAAAUCGCGCAUCAUGUGAAACUUCUAAAAUAGUACGUGGAGAUGUAAAUGUUGAGCUACCACUCUAAGUAAAACUAACUCCGGAUUUAUUUCGGAGAGGAAUUUAACAUUUUAAUUUCGUUCGUAUUUGGACCUUCUCUGUGAUGAGGGCACUUGUUUCUCCCCGCGAAGUUUUCCUUCAGAGUUGCAUUCCGUGUUUCAAGGAAAAUGGACUAAGAGUAUGAAAGGUGCCCUGUAAUGGGCUGCUGGGGAGGGCAAUGGAGCUGGAGGAGUUGCACUUCGCCGACGACUCUGCAGACGACCCUUAUGACAUCGUCCUCUUGCCGGACAGCAACAAGAUCGCGCCUGAGAAUAGGCUGUCUCCCGCCCACGCUUGCAUCUCCCUGCCCUUGAAAGCCUUGAGCAACAUCCAAGAGUUUGUGGAAACGACUAUAGUGCUGAAGAAGGACAAGAAAAACGAACUCGGAUUCAGCAUAGCCGGAGGCAGUGAUUCUUACCUGGAGCAGAUAUGUGUCACAGAAGUUCAUCGAGAUGGCGUUGCUUACUCAGAUGGAAGACUUCGAAAAGGUGACGUCAUAUUAGCUGUGAAUGACAUCUCUUUCCGGGAGGCGACUCUUGCCGAGGCUGUGAAGUGUUUGAAGGAGACUCCUUCCCCCGUGCGGCUCAUCAUCCUUCGAGAGAAUCCUCAGGCCCUCUUCACCACCAACGAGACUCCCACGAAGUUCAUCACGGUGGAACUGAGGAAGUUCAGCAUUCGAGACAGCAUCGGGAUCAGCAUCAUGCAGAGGACGAACGGCAGGGGAGUUUUCGUCACUUACGUGCAGCCGGGCAGCAUCGCCGCCAGACACGGACGCCGGAUUUCUCAGGGCGACCAAAUCCUGGAGAUCAACGGUCACAACGUCAGGGAGAGCAACCAGAAGGAUGUGGCACACAUGAUACAGAACCUGGAUGGUGCGAUUGUCUUGCUCCUGGGUAGGGUCCCGACUCUCCACAGCUCGAUUCAGGAAUGGGUGAAGUGGAAAGCCCAGCAGUGCCUAAGGACCAGGACUUCCACCUGGUCUUCAUACACCGCCAACACGAAAGAGAAGCUGCAGGUCCAAAGACCCAGUUUGCCUGUCAGCAAGGAGAGUCCAGCCCUAGGAUUUGCCAACAGCAUCGCUACCGUGAUUUGCUCGCCCGUUGUCCCAGACAUCCCGGUCAUGAUGAAGAGUCCCACCUCCAGCCUCAGACGCUCCAGGCUCAGCAUCCCCGAGGAGGAUUCUUCGAGGUACAGGCGAGACGGGCACCGGCGUACAGAAGAGUUCAAGUCCGGGUCGGGGGAGAGCCCUCGAGUCCCUAGCAUCCUGGUCACCAGUUUUUAAGUUCAUUUCGAGACUGCGGCAUGGGUACCAACCGGUUUUUAAACAUUUUGGUUUUCGCCUAAAGAAGAUGACGUGUGGCAUGUCUUUUAUAAGAAUUAUGGAUUUUAUUCUUGAACUCGGAUUCAGUUCAACGUAUUUUAUAAAACGGUAAUUUGAUCUUAUCAAACUCCAGCAUGAACUUUCAACUAGACUUUAAAAACUCUUUGGAUUAUUAAUAUAACGUGCUAAACAAUAGAAUAUAAUCUAUUACGAAGUUUUUAUACAACAAGUCAUUGUUUUUCUCCUUUCAUACUCCCUUUAAUCCCCCGUCUGAAGUCUUAAAGACCACUUUGGAGAUAAGGAGGCAUAAGGAAGUUUUGCAGUUUUUAACCGCAGUUGCAACAAGUGUUGAUAUUUAUGACGAGAAAUGAAAUAUUUACUGAUGGUGAAUGCGAGACGCAGAAUUAAUCUGCAGCUAUAUGCAUAUAACAAUGGCAUUAUUACGUCAGAUAUCACCGUAUUUGCCGAUGUAUAAGACGCACCUCCUUUUUGUUUGAAAGAUAAAACUUUAUUACUGAUCAUUAUAAUGAAUUUACAGUAUUUUAAAUAUAAAUUAAUACAAAUACAAAGUAAUACUUUCUUCAAAUUCCAAAUCGAUCGGGGAAUGAGCACAUUUUAAUUUUCUUCUAUAAAACCCACUCAUCUGUAGAGCUAAAUUAAGAAACAUUUUCUCAGUUGUGGAUGGCGCGAAAUAUCUCUCUGCAGCUCUGUUUCCAGGUUCUUUAGCAUACGCAAUCACACGUAGCUUGUAUGCUGUGUUACAGUAUUGCCGAUGUUGUUCUUGAGCCAUAACUUGCCAACAAAUUUUAAAAAGUUGAACAGUAGAAAUUUCACACACUUAAAAGUCGUUCAUAAAAACUGGAAAAUUUAAAACGAGCCCAGCUGUGAUCAUCGAUGACAGAGCAUGCGCAUUCACUGAACUCCGUAACUAAUAUUCCCAGACUCCGCAAGGAAACAAGGAAACAAAAUCGCAUAACUCUGAAUAGAGGAAAUUUUCAGAAGUGAAUGUAAUAUAAAACUGAGUGUCGACGUAGAAGGAGCACCCCGUUUUUCAAACCUAUUUUCAAAGAAACAAAUUGUAUCUUAUUCGUCGUCAAAUACGGUACUUUAUACGCAUGUUUUUGAAAGUUAUAUCUGUCGUUAAAAUACAUUAUGGUGCAAAUUCAGUAUUCAUCCUGGCAGCAAUAAACAAUAAUUUAAAUAAUUUUUUUGUGAAACUGAUAGCAGAGUAUUCAAAUUUUAAGACCUCUAAAAAGGUUUCAGUUUUAUUACAGUUGCCAUUUUUAGUAACUACCGAAUUAUAUAAGGUUUUAACUAAAAUACAUGAAGACUCUUUUGGCACCAGCUUAGAGAGGAAUGCAAGAAAAAGUAUGAGAAUGUCCUGAUACGGUUCAGGUAUGAAAAAAUGAAAUUUUUGCGACUGUUCGUAUUUUCUGAAAAGAAAACAUAAUAUCCCCAUAGCAUCAUUUUUCACUAAACUAAUUACGAUACUCGGGACCAUGUUAGCAAUUAAAAUAUUUAUUACAUUUCUGGACUGAGUUCAGAUUGAAAAUAAUAUAUAUGUCAUAGAGUAUAUGUCUUAACUGGAUAGUAUAGGCCAAAUUUCCUCCAAUAGCAUCAAAAGGAUCAUUACUAUUCUAGAGGAUAUCGUUAUUAAUUUCUCGAGAAGAUGAACAUGUUAAUGAUAUAUAAUUUUAUUUCUGAAUAAUAUUUUGUCUAGCUUUAUAUUCGUACGUUUACUAUGAAAGUACUAAUAUUCUUGAAAUAUCCUUUGAUAAUACUGUAGAAGUUUCAAGUUAUAACAUUUAAAAGUAUUUUUUAAUGUCCACAAACUUCGGAAAACUAUAGGUUGUUUUUCCUUCAAAGCAAAUUAUCAGAAAUAUUGUCAUAUUUUUGUCUGCAUUUUUAAGCUCACAAAGGAUUGAUAAUUAAAAGAUAAUAGCAAUGUUGCUCAAUAAUGUAAUCUGUAAUAAAUAUAGCGGUGGUUUCCUAAACUAAGAAAUAAUAUUCCGAAGAUUCAGCAUGAGUAAAAAGCUAUGAUAUACAAUAAUUUUAAAUAAAUAUUUCUGAGACAUGAGCAUCAAUUUAUAAGAUCGUUCUUAGUUAAAAACCUUUGAGAAACACUACCGUAGCCUUGACCUUUCAUCAAGCAUGCCGUGAUUUCAUUUAAAGUUCCCAGAAUUUAAACAACGAAUCUAUUUAAAAGAAAAAACAGUUGAAAUUAGAGAAGAUAUUAAAGAGUUCAAUUUUACCUUUAGACGUUAAAAAGUGGUAUAUUAGUUUCCAUUUACGUUUUACAGUUGUAGAUUUGAUGGAAUUUCUACUAAAGUUUAGUUUUACAAUUUUUUGCUUCUCUUCUGGUUCUUCCAGUGCAAGCAGAAAACGAAUCCUUCUCUGUCCUCUGAAUUUUCCCCCAGGAAAAGAAUUUGGCACACUUAGUGAUUUCCGAGGUCUUAUUUGACAUUACGUUUUAUUUCUUUAAACUUCGAAAAGAAGGAAUUUUAUUAGGAUUCUAAGAAAUGGAAUUUCGUUUCGCUGAAUUGUAUGAAAGUCAUUGCGCCUGUGGGUGAAAUGUUUGAUUGAAUUUUUUUAAUAAUAAUAUUGGUUUCAAGAACAGAAUUAUCAAAUCUUUUUAAUUUAAAACUCCUGUUAAUAAGAAAUAAAGUUAGAUAUCUAUUUUAAAUCCUUUAAAAUAGAUAAACUAUUAAAAAGUUAAGAACUGUAGUACAUUUUUGUAAUGAUAUUCGUUUCAAGAACAGAAUUGCUAAAUCUUUUUAAUUAAAAAUUUCUCUUUUUAAGGUAUGUGGAUUGCUAUCUAGAAUAAAAAGUUUGAUGAAAUAUUAAACAUUUAGUAGAACGGAAGUAAAAAGAAUUUGAGAUAUAAAUUAUUUCAUCUGGAAAUAUUUUCGCUGAGAAAGACUAUUCCAAUUUUGAUCAUUUUCCGCAUAAAUUUAUUCUUCAGUUCGUAAAUGAUUCUACAUUUAAAAUUUGUUUCGUUAUUUUAAAAUAUUGAAACAUCACGUAUCUGCAUAGUGUAGAUAAUUCUUAAACACUAAUAAGAAGAAAUAUUGCAGGAAUAAAAGUAUUUUCACCUAUGCAAAUGUGUUUUAAAGCAAUUACAUCACUAAUUAUCUCUUGAAGAACGAUCGUGGACCUGUGGUUACAGUUUAAGAAUAAAACCUCUAAAUAACUGUAACUAAUAAAUAACUAAUAACCUCUCUUGAUAUCUACAAUAACGUGUUUAAUAAACUGUUAAAAUAUUAGAAACUACAGAAAAAAUUUGGAGGGCAAAUUACUUCCGUUGGAAAUAUUUUCACCGUAAAAGAUAACUUCACAAUGAAUAUCAUUAUUCAAUAGCAUUCUAUAGAUAAUUAAUUAUAUAUUUAAGUAGUCAUUCUUUUAAAAACUAAACUAAUCUUAUCCGCACAGUGCAGGCAAAGUUUGAACAGUAAACAAGAAAAAGGAAAUGUAGAUCAUUUAGCAUACCUGCAUAACUGCUUCAGAAUUAUUUUGAGAUUAAAUGACUCUUGAAGAAUGGUCGUAGUUCAACAGUUCCACUUUAACAAAUAAAUUUAAUAUAAUGGUUUCAACAUAUAUCUUCCAAUAGCAAAUUUCAGAUAAAAUAAAAGAUUAUUUUUUGAAGAGCUGUAAUUUUAAUAAAACAAUAUUUUUAUACUAAUGAAAGACGUCCCAUUCCAAUGACAGCCAGUAAUUUACGAUAUAUACUUAAUUGGAAAGUAAUUUAUGUCUAAUAAACCUUACAAAUAACAUUUCACCAGACUGUGGCUUUGACCUUUUAUCAGUCAGCAUCAAUUAAAAAGCAUUUUUUAAAAACCGCUUACAGGAAAAAAAAACCUUUCGUUCAAAAACACGUUUAAGAUAUUCGUCAAUGGUAACACAGAGUUUUUAAUCAGAAUUUAAUUUCAAGAAUAGAUCUCACAUGUAUGCUAAAAAACAAAGGCCAUGUAUUUCAGUGCUUAAGUCUUCAUCCCAAGCGGCAAUUUUAAUGUUUUCUAGCAUACUCUGCAAGAUGUUUCGAAUGAUAAAAGUACUCUGGCAAAUCGAUUGGUAGUAGUGGCUUUAUUCGUAUAACAACUAAUGCAGGUUUUUUGUUAGUUUAGCUCAAGAUAAACAUAUAAGCUAAAACAAUGGUAGACAAACAUCCGUUGCCAUGUUACCGAGAAAUAUUUCUGAGUAUAUUAUAUUAUUGCCUCUAAUAAUCUCAAUGAAUACAGUACUGUUAAUUCUCUAGUGUGUUAUCUCAGUUUCACGACUUAGGUGUGUAAGUGCUAUAAUUUGCAGCGCAUGCACUGCUGUUGGACUUAGAAAUAUAUAACGCUGUUAUACGACAUCAGUUAUACAGGGUGAAUGUGAAAAAGAGUGCAAAACUUUAGCGGGUGGUAGAAGGCAACUAUACGAGCAAUAUUCGUCACAGAAUGUAUGGUCGGAACUCAAAUGACGAGCCGCUAGGUGGCAUUGUAAAUAAAUGGUCUAAAAGGGUCUGUCCUCUCACCCAGCGGAAUUUUCUACCUUGGAUUACCGAUAGGAUUGCUGGUUAAACGAGCCACAAAAUUUACAGGGCGAUGGAUUGGUCGAAGUGGUCCCAUAGCUUGGCCACCAAGAUCACCGGAUCUCUCGUGUUUGGACUUUUCUUGUGCGGCCAUAUGAAAAGCCUAAUCUACGAGUGCCCCAUUGAAACCAAUGUGGAUUCUAGUCACCAGAAUCGCUGUUGUUGCUGGUGUCUUCGCAUAGGUGCGUCAAUCCCUAUCCCGCAGGAGUGAAGCCUGCAUUACUGCUGGUGGAAGAUCUUUUGAGCAAUUCCUAUGAGCACGUUAUGUUAAUAAACUGUUUCCUGAAGUAUCUCCUCUCAUUCUUGUGGGAAUUGUGUAAAUAUGACAGUGGAAAUCUACUUUGUAACUUCUCACUGUUUGCUUUCCGACCGUACAUUCUAUAACGAAUAUUGCUCGUGUAGCUGCCUUCUAUCGCCACUAAAGUUGUGGCUAUUGUUCAGAUUCACCCUGUAUAGAACAAAAAAUCCAGUAAUAGAGACUUUUUACGCUUCGGUAAGAAAAGAACGAAGCGUGUUUUCUAAAUAUCGUACUGUGUCUCCUUUCGUGAUGUAUUUCCAUUUGUUUAGCCCAGUUUUUAGCUUCGAACAAAUAUGGAAUUUUAACUGUUAAGAUUCUAAGUAUACCGAUAUCUUAUAACUAUUUGCUUUUCCUUUUUUCUAGAUAAAGUAAAAUUAAAUUUAUCUUAAAUUAUUUACGUGUAUUUAAUUUUUCAUUGAUUGAAAGUUAAAAACUUAAUAUAUUUAAAGGUUACAUUGCCAUUAUAUAUCACUGAAAAUAAUAAUAUCUCAGGUUUAGCUGAAUAGAAAUAGUUGGUGUUUUGGUUUGCAAGAGAGAAAUAUCAUUUCUUUGUUCAAAAAUUAAAAUAUGAUUAUUUGUUUUUCAGAACUAUUUAUUGUCAGUUUAUAUUAUUUAUCAGUUUCAGAACUUGCAAAAAUAAAUGUAAUUUCAUUGUUUCCUCUUAACUGAAAAGGAACUGGAUAGUUUGAUUUUGCAAAUCAAAAUUUCUUCCCUCUGAAUGAACAAAAUAAAAUUUCUUUAUUUAGCAAUGAUUCAUUUUAUAAAAGAUAUAUGAUUAUUUAUUUAGGUUUAGAAAUUGUUUUGAAUUAGAAAGUCAAUAAGCAAUAAUUUCUAGGUUGAAAGAACAUCAAGAAGCAUUAAUUUCUAGGUUUUGUUUUAUUGAAAAUCCUGUAUAUCAGAACAAAAUUCUAAUUUCAUUUAAUUCCUUUCCUAAAAAAAUUAGGCAAUGAAAAUUUUGAUUUGCCAAAACACCUGAUCUAGUUAUUUCAAGGGUGAUCUGAAUUUUGUUUUAUGAAUAUUUUUAUCUUGUUUUAUAAAUGUUCUUAUCUUGAUUUAGCUAUCCAUUUAAUUUUUGUAGUACUUCUUUUGUCAUCAUGAAAGACAAUAACUGAAGAAAAAAUUUGUUACAUACUUUGCAGUGAACGCACAUUUCAUCCACAAAAAAACAGUGCAAUUAUAUUUUUCCUGAAAAACGAUAUACUGAUGUGUUCCAUUCUUCCUGACUAGAAUUUCAGAACAUUUGGUCCUGCACUUACUAACAUUAAAUAUAGAACACAGGCAAUGAUGUUAGAUAUUUAGCUUUCUGCUAUGAUUGACGUUAAGUACCUCGUCUAAAUACCUGGAGUUUAAUUGGCAUUAUCAUUAUACUUCUAAACCCGAUUCUGAUAUUUAAUCAACAAGAAGUGCCAGUUGGUCCAGUGUGAUCUGAUUCGGGUAUCAGAUCAUUUAAUAGUUUUGCAACCAAACUAAUAUCUGAUGAUAUUUACCAUUACAGAUCCUUCUUGGCAAAAUAUUAUUUACUUGAUAGAAACAUUUUCCUGAGAAAAAAAGACAGUUUAGGAAACUAUUUCAGUAGAAUCCCUUAAAAUAUAAUAUAUGGAUAAAACAAAGUGAACAUUAAGUUUAAAAUACUCAUAUGAGUAAUAUAUACUUUCAAUUAAGAAAUAGUUUUUUGAAUUUUAUGAACUCAUCGAAAUAUUAUACUUAAUGCACUAGGGAAUCUAUUUUCAUACGAAUAGAACAAACGGUCAAUCAAGUGCCUGAGAGUCUGUAGUGUAUGAUUUCUGUCUGAAGGUAGAAAUUAGAGGUACUUCCGUAUUUAUUGGUAUCUGUUAUUCCCACAUACAAUAAUUUGCUAGUGAUAUCGGUCGUAUAUUCUCGCUAUGUAUAAUUUUCCAACAAAUAUUUUAUUAAUUAUUACAAAGGCUGCAUACUUGUAAUUUCCAUUUGUUCAUCUCUAAGAAAUUGCAUUUAAUUUAAUUCUAUUCUUAAGUAAUUACUUCUCUUUCUCAGUUUUAUAUUUAUGUACAUUUAGGAAUGAAAUUAGCUCAGCAAGGAGGAAGCACUAGAUAUAAGUAAAAUGUUUCAGACAUAAAGAUAUAUAUGUGAAAAAUUCACACGACUUCGAAAACACAGCAGAAAGGCGAUUAAUGAAUAACUUAUAGAUGUUAGUCCGCAUCGCUUCAUAAGGGCCUUAAACCAUUGCAAGUUGAGGUACAAGUGACAACAUGGUCCAUUACUGAGUUAAACGGCAGACUGACAUUGUCCUGUGGCAGAUGAAUCCACGCCGUUUUUACGGAGGGCUGUUUAUAUUCAAUACCGUGACGCAGCAAAAUUCUGCUCUCAGACUUUUCGCGUUUUCUCAGUUUAUAGACGUUCUGGGCAGUAGACAGGUUCAGCGCAAAGGAUGACCAUGAAAGUGUCUGCUCAUGACAUAAACGAUCCUAGACAACAGUAGCGAGUGUGAACGCGAGCAUUAUUCUGCUCGAAUAGCACUUUAAGACUACAAAUAGCACAUAUGGCCGUACAAUUUGAUCCGCUGACUAUAGGGCUUUCUGCUCCGGGCUGUUUAUUGUACUGGCUGAGAUCUGUUCUCUGACUGUCUCGGCUCUGGGAAUAUAAAAUACGCGAAUCUGGCGUUUUUGUAACCUCUAGAAGUGCGGUAAGCCUUACAACCCGAUUCAUUCGGAGCCUACAGAAUGUCAGUGUCGAAAGCCCCGUAUGGAAGCAAGCAAAUCUUACGAUCUGUCUUUCUCCAGCUUCACAAGCUCCACACCCAUCUUGGGGGUGUGUACAAGAAUUGAUGUAUCCACUGCCCAGAAGUUGGUAGCACAGGAUGUGCGCUGUGUACAUGAAUAUUUACGACCUCUUGGAUUUUCAAGCCCAUUCCCGCCACAUAAGGAGCGCUUCUAUAGGUGACUCGUGUAGUGGGCCUACAAAAAUUUUGCAACACGAAUUCCAUUGGGCUAGAAUCCCCGAUGUCGUUUAUUGUGUUGGCUGAGACAUGUAACCUGACAGUCUCGAUUUGGAGAAUAUAAAAUAGACGAGCCUAGCUCCUACUAUCAAAAAGGGAAAACCUCUAGAAUCCAUAAUCCUAUGGAGGUGGGGGGGCGUAAGGACCGGUUCUUCAUCUCUUCUUUGCUCCACGCCCUGAGUGCUAUGUUGAGCUCUAGGAACCGCGGCUACUGUUGAAAACGAAGUGCAUCAAAUGGGCGAGCCAUGUAGUUAUGUCCUUUGCCUACACGCAGAACAUGCAUACAUUUUUUAAUUUAAUACCAUUGUGCUAUCAAUGUGCUACAAAACACUACCGAGCAAGUAAAGAUAUAUGCCCUCAGGCCAUAAUGGUAGGUCUACGUGACUUCAACAAACGUAUGCAACGGUCACCCAAUCCCCAUAACAAAACGUGACUUGUCGUUAGACUUCAUGGAUUGCCAUUCCUUUACUCUCCACUUGGAUCUGUCAGGACACCUUUGGAAACGACGCUGCUGAUGUUUUAGUGCUAAAAGGCGGUGAGGUCGUAAUUCGUUUAUCGGAGACAUUUAACAACGGCUUUCACUCUAACAUUAACCACUAUAGCUGCCCUUGAAUCGGGCAGCCAUUGGUUCUAUACGGGACUAAGUCACGAUUUUUUUAUUUCCUUUACUGCCAGACUGCUUGGUGUUUUGGUUUCCUCACGUACCCAUUGUUGCCGAUGCUAUAUAAUAGUAUUGCCUAAACGAUCCAUGCGGAGGACUAUAAGAUCUCCAACCAUCCUUCGAUGUUUAUUCCGAUGAUGAGAACUUUCUAAACGUUUGUCAAAUGGGCAAACAUCAUUUGCAGUGCUUAAAUGGCCUAUUUCUUCAUUAAAUACAUUGCAUUAGCCGGUGCUUUUUGUACUCAAAUGCAAUCGAUGAGAUACUGUUGUCAACCUCUCGCUUCGGGAUUAUAGUACCGAUUGUAGGGUGCGUGACAAUGCACGAUCAUAUGCUUACCAAUUCGUUGCCUAGGCAACACUAGUUUAUAAUUUCACGGUCAUGGCACGCUCUCUUCAAUGUGUGCUAAUUUUAUCGAUUGCUCCGGGUAUUUUCUUGCAAACGUUAAACUUUCUUCAAGCUUCUUCACCAACAAUAUUUUUCAAAGAUGAAUAAUUUUAAAUUCUGUAGUUGAUUUAAAUGCUCUGUCAGUUUUUUCAAGUAAGAAACGAAAUACGAAUAGAAACCCAGAGCUUCUUUUUAUAAAACAGCCUUUUUGAGGACGUUACGAAUGCCUUAAAUAGCAUAUCUGAAACGCUAGAUUUCUGAAUAUAUUUCUGAUCACACAAGUCUCUGACGGUAUGGAGUAGCAUUAAAGAAAUACUUAUCGACUCGUUGCAAAAUCAUGUAUUAAGUUGCAACACUGCUUUAAAACUCGAAACUGCCCUGGGCAAUCCUGGUCAUCCGGUUCACUUUACUCUAAUAACUCAGCUAUACAGUCAUCAAGUAAAAUGGCCGUGUGUCUGCGGGGUUUGUUGCAUUACUCAAAUUUCUUGGUCCUAUGACUUCAUAAGCCUGAUCUUCGUUAGUCGAAAAUUGUGAAGGCAAAUUUUUUGUCGACAUUUCAUUUUAUCUUUUGAACUGAAUUUACUUCGAGACAUCUUCCUUCUAUUCUUCUACCUGUACUGAAAUCAAACUCGAUCAACAGAAACUACAAAGAUUAUAAUGCACACCAGAUGUCCUAUUAGGAAGAAAGACGAAAUAACAUUAUAAAUACAACUUUCGUAUUCCCAGUCUAUGAUCUUUGAAGACGCUACAUAAACUUAGCUCAUUGCAGAACGUGGUAGCUAGGACACUUUUAAAAAAUGCUUGGUCUAGGUUGUAAAACACCCUCUUGCACAUGUUUGUAGGUGUAAAAGGAAAUCGUUUCUUUCAAAAGUUUCAUAUUAUGUCCUUGAAAAGGGUGUUUUGUUAAAGUUUUUGUAAUAUCUUCCUUUAAAAAUGCAAGGCAUUUAUUUCGUUGCAAAAGUAACUAUAAAAAUUCAGGAAAUCGAUUCCGUAUAUCUACGUUUAUUUACACAUUAAGCAUUUUAAUUGAGUGAAGCUUUUAAUACUAUGCACAUUAUACUUCUGAAACUAAUCUCAUUGACCAUAACUAAUCGUUAAUCUUUCUCCUCAUAAUUCUGUAUUUAUUUUCGCUCAUAAUUUCUGAAUUAUGUUUUAUGACGUAACAAACGGAUGAGUUGAAGAAUCAAAACUGAGUCUUUUCCAAUACAAUUACGUAGAAAAAACUCAGAAAUCAACAGUCGUAAGUGCAGUUAUGCAUCACUCCUGAAAAACCUCAGAAAUCAGCACUAAGAAGUACAGUUAUAAAUCACUCCUGAAAAUACAGUUAUGCAUCUCUCCUGGAAAAAACUCAGAAAUCAACACUGAGAAGUAUAGUUAUACAUCACUUUUAAGAAAACUCACAAAUCAACACUGAUAACUACAGUUACACAUCACACCUAAAAACACAAUUAUACAUCACACCUGAAAAACUCAGAAAUCAACAAUGAUAAGUACAGUUGUGCAUCACAUCUGAAAAUAAAACUAUACACCCCUUCUGAAAAUAUAAUCAUACAUCCAUAUAAUUAUACAUCAGUCCUGAAAAUACAAUUAUACAGCACUCCUGAAAAUAAAAUUAUACACCACUCCUGAAAAUAAAAUUAUACAUUACUUCUAUAAAAACUGAGAAAUUGAAUAAGUGUAAUUAUAAGUUAGAAAACGAAGAGAAUUUAUUUAUAAAACAUAACUAUUUACGAUUGCUUUGCAGAUUUUCAGUUACUAAUAUUUGUACGGUUUAUAUAGUUCCAAGUAUCAGAUGGAUAUUUACUGACAUGUUGCAGCUAACAAGUUAUGGGAAACACAUAUACCAAUCAAUACGUAAGUACCAAAUUAGGUAAUACGCUCUAUUCGACGUCGAAAUAAGAUUUCAAACAUUUUUUCUUUAAAUUUUAAACAGUACCCGAUUUUGUGGUAUUCUUAAAAUAACAAAGCUUACGAAGGAGCUUAUAUUUUAUACGGAAAUAUCUAUGCCUACCUUUCGCACUAUCAUUCAACAGCAUAAAACAUCGAUGAUUUUGAAUAUAAGCUUUUGGGAUGAGGGAGAUUUUAGUUGCUACCCGUAACAUACAUCAUUAGCAAUCAGAAAAGUGUCUUGUAAAGAGAGCAAUAAAAGAAAUGUCGAACUAUAAAAUGAAAGAAUAAUAUACUAAGAUAUUUUAAUUUCGUGAUCAUCAAACCACGUUUGUGGAAUAAAUAGUUUACUCACUGUGAAUAAAGUAUUGAAAAAUGUCGAUAAAUUGAUACACCACGAGGUUAAGGAUUUAUUCAAAUCAUGUGAGAACUGAAUUAUCGAGGUAGAAAGAAAAAAAGCUUGAAGCUAAAAGGAAAAUGAUUUUAUAUUUUGAUUUUAUAUUUGAGCACGGAUAUAUGAUCAUUUAAUAUUUUAUUAUAGUGGAAAGAAUUUAACAGUUUUUUUUUCUUUGCACUAAAUAGCAUAUUAAAUCAGCUCUUAACUGUAAUCCAUCUUAGUUUCAAUAAUAGUUUUUGCUGAAAGGUUUAAAACCAUUUUCAGUAAAACUUCACUUUUUCUCUUUUCCCGUCUCUCUACGAAGACUUUCUGAUAGAAACUUGCUCGUAUUCACUGAGUAAAGCCACAGAAUGCCAUGGAAGCAGCCGUUUCGUUCUGAAUCGCAUCGGAGGUGAAAUAGCAAUGUUCAGCAGAUUUAUUUACUCAGACAUUUAUGGAUAGACAUUUCCUUCGAAUGCUUCAAAUUUGAAUGUCGAGUUAGAUUAAAAAUGGAUCAGACAUACAGAAUCCCCCUGGAUUUACUAUGAAUUAACCCUUUUUCCUACGAUGCGGUAAAGGAUCAUUUUUUGGUUUGUUCCACAGCUACAAAUUGUAAAAGUUGUUACUAUAAAUUAAACUUUUUGCCUACGCUGUGGUAAAGGAUCAUUUUGUGGUUUUUUCCACAGCUACAAAUUGUAAACUUUCUUACUGUAAAUUAACUGUUUUUCCUACUCUCUGUGGUAAAGGAUAAUUUUUUGGUUUGUUCUACAGCUACAAAUCGUAGAAAUUCUUUCUAUAAAAUAACUGGUUUUCCUACGUUGUGGUAAAAGAUAAUUUUAUGAUUUCGUUCUACAGCUACAAAUUGUAGAAGUUCUUACUAACAUAAAUUAACCGUUUUUCCUACUCUGUGGUAAACGAUGAUUUUGUGGUUUGUUCCGCAGAUACAAAUUGUAGAAGUUCUUUCUAUAAAUUAACUGUUUUUCCUACACUUUGGUAAAGAAUACUUUUUUGUUUUCUACAAACUGUAGAAGUUCUUGCUAUAAAUUAACCGUUUUCCCUAAACUUUGGUCAAGGAUAAUUUUUUAGUUUGUUCCACAGCUACAAACUGUAGAAGUUCUUACUAUAAAUUAACCGUUUUUCCUAAGCUGUGGUAAAGGAUCAUUUUAUGGUUUGUUCCACAGCUACAAACUGUAGAAGUUCUUACUAACAUAAAUAAACCGUUUUCCCUACUCUGUGGUAAAGGGUGAUUUUUGGUUUGAUCCACAGCUACAAAUUGUAAAGGUUCUUACUAUAAAUUAAACCUUUUUUUCCUAGGCUGUGGUAAAGAAUCAUUUUAUGGUUUUUUACACAGUUACAAAUUGUAAAGGUUCUUAUACUUUCUGCAUAAAUGUGCAUAAAAUGCCCUUUGUAUUUUACGGUGAUGUGCACAUAAAACUACCAAACACAUUAAUAUAACAAUACUUAACAUAAGGAAAAUAUAGCAACAUUUAACAAAGAAUUUUGUGAACACUCUUGUCAAAAAUUAUUUUCGAUAGGAAAGAAAUACAGAGGCUGUUUGCACAUUUUUAGACGAUUUUUCUUUGCUAUAAAAAACAUUCUCCUGCUUUGAAAUUUUUUUAACUGCAACUAUAUUUUCGAAAGUAUAAAUUAUCGUCUACCAUUUGGCAGUUUGUUUUCAUGCGAAUUGGCUCUUUUAAAGAAGCAAUGGAGGAAAGACUAUGUUUACGAAGAAAUUAAUUAAUAUCUGUUUGUUAAAGAGCUAUGGUUUUUCUAUUUCUAAAGCUACGAUAGGUAAUGUUCUCAACAAGAAAGGGAGGAAAAUAUCAAAGUUUGGCUUCAAGUGGAAAUAUUUUUUGAAAUACAUACCCAAGAAAAAGCUGAAUAUUUUGAAUGUAGUAAAGGUAAGAUCUAUAAUGUUAAAAGAAAGUUCGCCCAGUCAGAGGACAGUGGCAAAAUCAUUGAAAUGCUUGGUGUCCCCUAUAAAAAUUGAUUAAUGCUGAUUUCAGUGUUGUCGUUUUUUUCAUAAACAGGCAAAUUAAAAAUAAAGAACGUGGAAACAAACAUUAACAUAUUAUCAGGAACAGAUUUUAUGCCCAGUUUUCAAAUAUGAAAUACCUUAUUUUCACCAACAGUGUCAUCAAUAAGUAGAACUGCAUCAAGAAAAGGAAAUAGGUACACGUCCAAAUCCCACUGUGAAUUUCCCGAAGAAAAUGGAACAAGAAAUUGUUAUCACUCUUAUCCCUACUAAAUCUUCUGAUUUAUUUCCCAUGGAUUUUUGCUUUUUGGACUUUUAAAAAGCAGAUUGUCCAGACUUUGACCUACAACCCUACAUAGACUUUGGAAGUUAGUCAGGAGGAAUGGGACAAAAUAACCUCUUACGGAUACUAUAAAAGGCUUUAUUGCCUUGGACAUUACGGUGGAGAAAGAUAGUAAAUAAUAAGGGUUAUCAAAUAAAACAUUUGAAAGAAAAAAAUUGUACGUAAAAUAUUCCUGUAAAUACAAUUAAAAUCGUCUAAAAAUGUGCUAACAACCUCUGUAUUGAUGCAUAAUUAAACUGUCUAAGAAACCCUGAAAUCAAAUAAGAGAUUCUGUUACAAUUUCUUCCCAUUAGUGAACGCUGUAUGAAAAUUGAAAUAGCUUAACUAACCACUUCCACCUGUUGUUAUUUAAUAUCUUUGGUAGCGUUAGUUGAAAAUACUCCCUCUUAAAACUUUGUAGAGCCCACUUCCUUUGCAUUAAUAAAAUAUGAUUAUUUUCUUUAAGUCCCGUAUUAAAUAGCAACCACCGAUCGGUUCUUAAAAUGACUAGAAGAAUACAAAAAAACCUUCCUUUGAUGUCGUUUUAGUCUUAACUUUAUUUGCCCUGCGUCAGAUCAAAUUUGAAAAUAUUCUGUCAGUAACAAAAGCCAUUGCCUUAGUUGUGAGUAAUACUUUAUUACAACUUCUUUUAAUUCUACGUACUAGAUUUUGAUCUAAAUGUACAUUUGAAUCAUACUAGGGCAGCUACUCUUUGUAAAGCUUUCAAUCAAAUGCGUUUCAAAGCCUUACCAGACAUAUCGCGACAUUUUCAGAUUUUUAAUUUUUUGCUUUCUUUUAAAACUUCAUGUGUUGAAUGUUCCAUCUUUAAUGUUAUUUCCUUCUGAAACAAAAUAAUAAAAUGUGAAAGCCGAUUCAUUGUAAGGAAAAAUAGAGACAUUUAGACAUAAAUAACAAAAAGUGCACUUUCGAACUGAUCUAAGAGCCAAAUGGCCGCGUCUUAACAUACUCUAUGUGAACUUAAAUCUAAACUUACUUAAACUCUCGCCUUAACAUACUUUACUCACCAAGCGCAGACUUCACAUUCACAAGUAAGAGUGAAUAUAAUAAUAAUUAGCAAUGAAAAUAGCAAUAAUAAUAAUGGUGAUAAUAAUAGCAAUAGUGACAAUAAUGUAAAUAAAAGUCAUUAUAUUGGCAAGAUCAAGGAUAUUGUGAACUCUGUGUCGCCAACCGUAAACGGUGUACUGGUGUGGUGUAUUGAGAAUACGGCAAAGCACACUAGGGCUAUCUGCCUAAGGGGAGGGAUGCCUUCGUGGAGGACUUUCUAAGGGAAACUGGCUCGUAUACACGUUACACAUGGGGAAAACCACGAAAACGCCCAUGCAGCCAGCCCGUUCGCGAGAUUCGAACCUCUGACCGAACUACCAGCGAUUUUACCGCUCGGCCGCUGGUGGGCCUACCAACCGUAAACGAUUGCAUUACUGAAGGUGUCAAGAUCAAACAAACCUAAUCAAUACUCUGAAGGUAUAGGUGUCUUUAUACUUUCUUCUAAAAAUAAAAUACCUUUUCUUUCUCACCGUGUAAUAAACAACGUGAAUCGCGCUAUUUUUUACCAGAGAAAAUUGGGCUAAAAUCAGGGAUUUAAUAAAAUAAUCUUUAUAUUAUAAUUUAAUCCAAUCCGUCGAAAAUGAAGUACUUAUAAUCGUAAAAUUUCAACACAGCAGUCUAAAGUCUCAAGCAAUUGUUUACCUUUGAAAUUUUCAUUAGUAAUAAAAAGUACUGAAAUGAAAGUAAAAAAUAAAAACAAAUCGUAAGGAGGUUUUUUAAAAUGUUCGAUGUGGUUUUCGUAACUAGACUCCAAUUAUCUCUGAAACUACCUUCAGAAAAAUUACAAUAAGUUUACUACUUAAAGGCUUAUUACUUAUCAAUCUCUCAAUUACAAUCAAUGUAUCUCUCUCAAGUUCUUUGUCUAAAAUAUCAAAAACAAAACAUAUAGAAAACAUUUUCGUUGACACUACUACUUCCUAAGCUAACACCAAAUGGAUAAUUUUUUAUUUAUUUAAUUAAAAAACUUAAUUAUUCAAAACGCUGCUGAUACUGUUUUUUACGAGAUCCUUGCGCCCGACGCUUGCAAAAAAUAUUUACGUAAAGUAUCAACAAUUUGUAUAUUACCAUGACACAAAUUUCGCGUAAUGACUGAAAGUUUUUGAAACCAUCUGUUUACUAACCAAAUCCGUAUUUGCUGUUGAAAAUAAAGCAUUAACUUCAAUCCCUUCUUAUCCCAAAAGCUACAUAUUUGUGACCAAAAAUUCAUAUUUGCAAAAUGUAUUAUUUUCUGCUCUUUCUCAACCGAGGUAUAAGAAGAACAAACUUGUCUUAAUUAGCUUUCUGUUAGAUUUCAGUAUGUGCUUGAAUUCAAAUCCGUAGAGGUGGUUCUGUUCCCUUUACCAGAGUGCUUUGUGAAAUUUGUGUUUUGUCUUUUUAGCCUAGUUUUUUGAAUGCAGUAUGAUACAAUGUGAAAUAAAGAGUCUUGAAAAUAA